CGGUGGUGGUGUCGGACAACUGACUGAGGAGCUCGGCUAACGUCGAUUGCUUCAGCGAAAUAUCAGCGCCAACCAACCAAGUCACUUUUUUAAAGCAAUGAAUGAAAGUCAGUUUGCAAUUUUCUUUCAAGAUAAAAAUGUUUGUGUGGAAAACGGGAUUAUAAUAGUUAUAUAGAAAAGAGGUAGUCAAAUUGCAAAAGUUGUAAAUUAUAAUAAACAAGGCCUCAUGAGAAGUUUGGAUUCGUAAUUUAUUAAUAAUUUUGGUACAAAAUAUCCAUGAUGCUGGCCGUGUCAACAUUCCUCUCAGACAAAGUAGAAAGCUACUUGGGGACGAGAAAUUAUGCCCAGCUUUUGGAAGAUGUGUGCAGCCUAGAGAAUAUCCCUCAUAUUCGAAACGAAGGCAUGGAUCUUAUCACCAAACUCUGCGAAAACGGUCUGACCUUUGCAGAAGAUGAAGACUCGGUAGCAGCUUGCACCCAAUGCUUGCAUCAUGUAGUUCACAAUUAUAAACCCAAGGAGUCUCUGAUUUGCCUUUUGGAACAAGGAGAGCGUUUUGUCAAUUCUGAUAAAUUUACUUGCCUUUUGCCGUCCCUGCAAUUUGUGAUGAUGAACUUGCCAAAGAAAAGAGAAAAGACUUUCUCCUGGGUGCUCUCUACCUUAAAGUCACAUGUCAAAUAUUACCGUCAAGUUCCGGACGAACUGAAGAUUUCAUUAACUGAUAAGACGAAUGAUGAAACUCUUAUUUUUGAGCAGGAUUCUAGAAUCCGACCAAUUUUACAAACUUACCAAGAGUAUCUGGAUUUUUAUACUCCAUUCGUGAAAGAAUUAGAGGUUAAUGCGGCGACGGCAAUUUCCUCCCAUGACAUCAGUAUGAUUGAAAGUAUUCGAAAACAACGGGACUACCUGCGUGACUAUCUGGUGGAUUUAUUAGGCAUCCCUUUAAUACAUUUUGAUCUGGAUUGGAAAGAACAAACUACGACAUGUGAUCCAAAGCUUGGCCCCAAAAUCAAGACUGAUGCUCGAAUAAUUGCAGAGAAAAUAAUGAACCUCCUUUUUGUGCUGGACAGAUCUCCGCUAGACUUUCUGCAAUGGAUUGAAAGAAGAAUGAAUGCUGUGAAUCAUAACCCAAUGCUGUCAAAAAAGAACAAAAAAGUUGAGGGCAAUAAUGAUACUUCGUCGUUAGUGGGAAAUGUCAACGAGGAUAGCGAGGGUGAGGAAGACGAUGAAGAAGAAGUAGUGGUCCACAUGAGUUCAAUAGUCAGUUACUUGUACUUGAUUGUAGAUCAACGUCUUCCCGUUCAAAAAUUUACGUCUGUAUACAGUCCGACUUAUAUGUUUAACAUGAUUCUCUACCCUGUGAGUACUGUCUUGAAGCAUACUGGCAACAUUCUGGCCCUCAAGAAAGCAAUCCGGCUUGCGAACUGCUUCAUACAUUAUUGUGAUAACUCUCCUCGUCCGGAUGGAAACUUUAAUUACACUCAUCGUUUGGAUGCAAACCUGCUCAAAAAGAAUGUCCACACCAUUUUCAUAGAAAGACUUUUUUACCUGGCAAUUUAUUGUCAGGAUGCAACUAUACGAAACGAAUCUUACACACUUUACAAGCAAUAUUUAUCGACUUUUGAACCCCAAGGAAAACAUGAUUUGAUUCAAUAUGUCAUCAAUACAAUUCCGAGUGAUAGCCUUGUGGGACUCAUGAUCACAGAGUUGAAGCAGUUUAUUCACAUUGCAGCCGAUGAUAAAAAUCCAAAGUAUGAAAAAGGAAUGGUAGAAUGCUUCUUAGGGACUUCCGGCGCCCGGUUGAUUGCGUCUGUUUGUAAAUUAAAGAAUGGGGUUACGACUGAUCUUUCCCAACACAGUAAUCAAAUUGUUGCGUCCCUCAACCUUUUGCGGUAUCUUCUUCAUCGCGACAAACAUGACGAGAUAAUUGGAAUUCUAGGGUUAUUUCCCAAGAUUGAAGAGUCGCUGCUAAAUCCCCUACGACAAGGACUGAAUUUAUCAAGGGCUCACUAUGAACUAAAGUUGAAAGAACUAAAUGAUCCACACUUAUUGAAGGAGAGACAGAGCGAAGAAAAGAGAAUGUUUGAAAAUUUAAAAUGUGGUGUCAAGAUUGGAAAUGAAGAAAUGAAACCUGGCGAUAUUUCAAUUAAGGAUCAAAAGGCAAGUUUGGUUAAUUGUCUAAAUACUUUUGACCACAUGACUGGACUCCUCGCCUGGGUAUAUGAAGCACAUACUGCAUGCACUAGUAAUAAAAAAUAACCUAUGUAUAACUCAAUCUUAAUUAUUGUGAUUCCAAAUUUAAUUGAAACUUAAUUGUAAAUUGGCAAAUGGCUGAUACGGCAUCAAAAAUAUUCUUAUUUAAAAUAACAGUAUUAAGACACUAAUAAUUAUUGUAAUUUUCAAUAUCAUACCGAACCAAAAUUGGUUUGUUCUAAAUUCCAUCCCGGUACUCUUAUAUGUUUUUUAAAUUGUUAGCAUUCAGUUGAUUUCAAUAAAUUGUAUUAACGGAAA